AUAGUAAUCAAAAUGGCUGCCCAUUGAGGUUGAAUAAUAAUAAUGGUUCAACCUGGUUGAAUCAUUUUCUGAUGACGGUGAUGGUGACAGCUGAUAAAUUUGUAUUAUUUCAUAGAUAAAUUAAAUUUCAAUACAUUCCUAAAUAACUUGUACAACUUUUGCCGGCUUAAAAAUAUUAUAAACUUUAAUAUUUAUCUAGUUUUACUUGCAAUCAUCAAGACAAUUAAGAUACGUAAUCUAACAGUACUAGUCAAGAUGCCAAGUGAUCCACUAAAACUUGUUGAAUUAAAGAAACGUGCAGUAUUAAAUGUACGAGAUAAAAAAAUAAGUGAUUUGGUACCACGAAUGGAUAAAAUGUUAACAACAGGUUUAAGUUAUAAAGAAAAAAAAGACUAUGAUAAAGCAUAUAUUAUGUUAACAAGAUAUGUUGGUGCAUAUGAAUUCAUACGUAACCACAAGGAUUACAAAUCUGCUCCAGAAAAAUAUAAAUUACCAAGUCUUCAUUCAAUAAAUGAUGCUGUGACGUCGUUAGAAUAUAUUACUGAUCAUCUAACUAAUGAAUAUACUUUAAAUUCAUCAUCAAAUAAUGAAAAAUCAAUUAAUGGUAAUUCUAUUGAUAAUGAAAUACUUAAUUUACCUGAAACACCAACUGAUGAACCAAUCAAUGAUAAACCAGAUGGUUUUAUUUGUUGCAAUGAUUUUUAUAAAAUGACCAAAGAUCCUGGAUUAAAAUAUUUAAUUAUUGAUGUUAGACCAAGUGAUGAUUAUGAUAAAUCAAAAAUUAUAUCUUCAAAAGUUAUUAAUAUUGCAGAAAAUUACAUUAAAGAUGAAAAAAAUAGGACAUCAGGAAAAUUUGAAAGAAUUCUUGGAGCUGGUAAUCGUGAUCAUUAUCAUUUAUUCUUAAAACGUAGUAAAAAAUGGGUUAAUAAAAUAGUAUUAUUAGAUUGGUCAACAAGUAAAGAUAACAUAACACAAGAUAAAACAGUAUCAAUUAUGAAAACAAUACUAGAAAAAUGGGAUCAAGAAAAACCAGAAAAUAUAUUUAUACUUGAUGGUGGUUAUAGUGCAUUAUUAUUAACAUUUCCAAUGAUUUUAACAAAUGCUAAUGUAUCAGCACCAAAUAAUGAAAUUAAUAAUUCUUAUGACGAAAUAUUAGAUGGAGUGUCAUAUCCAGACUGGAUGAAAGAUAUUGAUAAAUCAAAAAUACCACCAAAUAAUAAUAUAAUAAAAACAGAUUUACCAUAUUCAUAUGACAAUCAUAGUGAUGAUGAAUUAAAUAACUAUAAAAAUAUAUUAAAAUUAGAUAAUGAUAAUAAUGAUAAUACAAUUGGAGUUCAUAAAUUAUCACAAGAAAUAUCAACAAUUGUUAUUAAAAAUCAAGAUAAAAUAAUGCCAAUUAUACCUGAUCGUAGUGUUAAACCUGUAACAACAUUUGAUCGUGAACAUGCUAUUAAUUUGACAAAAACGAUGGAAGAACUUAUUGAAUUUUCAAAAAAGCAUUUAAAACUUGAAAGACAAAUUUAUGAUCUUGAGCUGAAGUUACAUCGUUGUUUAACAACAGAUAAACGUUUUUUACAGGAUGAUGAUGAUAUUGAUUUAUUGAGACCACAAAUAUUUGCUGUUAAAGCAACAAUUGAUAGUAUUUUGGAAGAUAAAAAAAACAUUCAAAAUAAACUCAAUGAAUUAAAUAAACUUAAUAAAACUUUUUCAAAGAGUGAUUUGCAAACUAUUGAUAAAUUAUCAACGGAUAUAAAAUACUCUGAAUUGGAAUUACACAAAGUGAUAAAAGAACGUAAACGAAAUCAAGAAAAAAUUACUGAAGUUGAAAAUCAAAAACAAAAAUAUCUAAAUAAUAAUGAAAUAUAUUUGGAACCACUUAAAUUAGAAGGUUCAACAAAUUCUGGAUUAAAACGUUCAUUAUCAAGUCCAAACCUUGCAAAGACAGAAACAUUACGAAAAAUACCGAUAAUCGAUAGAUCAACAAAACCACCUCCAAUUUUAAAUCAACAAAAUGAAAUAAAUAAUAUUCGAAGAUCACCAUGGAAAGAUCGAACAAUUAAUAUGGAUCCAGUAUAUCGUAACGGGAAUCCUGGAAUAACGGGUUUGAAAAAUUUGGGAAAUUCAUGUUAUAUGAAUAGUAUUAUUCAGUGUUUGAGUAAUACAACUUAUCUUACAAAGUAUUUAAAUAAUGGUGGAUAUCAGGACGACCUGAAUACUGGAAAUGACAAUGAGACUCAAGGUCGUAUUGCUGAAGAAUUUGCACAAGUGAUAAGGGCAUUAUGGCGGGGACAAUAUAGAAGUAUUGCACCAAGAGAUCUCAAGGAUACUAUUGGACAAUUUAGACAACAAUUUCACAGUCAUGAACAACAAGAUUCACAUGAAUUUUUAACAUUUUUUUUAGAAUGGAUGCAUAAUGAUCUUAAAAAGGAUGAAAAAAUAAAAAUGGAUGGUACAAUAACACCAGCUAAAAAAGCUUGGGAUAAAGAAUUAAAAGGACAAUAUUCAAUAAUAUCAAAAUUAUUUAUUGGACAAUUUAGAUCAACAAUACAAUGUCAAAUGUGUCAUAAAAAAAGUAUAACAUAUGAGACAUUUUCUAGUCUAUCAAUAUCACUUCCAGACACAAAUCGUUGUACUCUUGAUGAUUGCAUCGAACGUUUUUUACGUGCUCAAGAAAUUCAAGGAUGGACAUGUCCAAAUUGUAAAACAAAUCGUGAUGCAACAAAAAAAUUUGAUUUUGUUAAAUUACCACCAAUACUUAUUGUACAUUUAAAUCGUUUUGCUGGAACAACUAUGAAGCUUGAAAAAAAAAAUACACAUGUUACAUUUCCAGUUGAUAAUUUUAAUUUAGAUAAUCAUCUUGUAAAUGAAGAUGACAAUGAUUUUAAUCGUGCACAUAGUUAUUCUUAUAAUUUGUAUGGUCUAUCAAAUCAUUAUGGUAGUAUGGAUGGUGGACAUUAUACUGCAUACUGUAAAAAUUCACAACUUGAUAAAUGGUACAAAUUUGAUGAUCAAACAGUAACUGAAAUUCAAAAAAACGAAGUUAAAACACAAAAUACGAGUGCCUAUUUACUAUUUUAUACGUCUUAUCCUUCACAACAUACAGCACCGUACAUUGAUAGAUAAAUUUUAAUUUUCAAUCAUUCAAAUUAACUAUUACCAUUGUUUUCAAAAGUCUCGAUAUUAUUUAUUUUUAAAAAUACCAAACAAGUAUAGUAAAACAAAGUGUUUUUUAUUAUUAUUUUUUUGUUUUUUAAUUUCAAAAGUUUUUACUGUGUAAAUAUAUUUUUAGCUAAGAAAAAAAAAAAAAAAAAGUCACACAAAUAUUGUUUAACAUUUAAUUAUCAAUUUCGCAAUAUUUAAAAAUUUAAAUUAUAGAAAAAUAAUAAUCAAAUGAAAUUAAUAAAAAUAAAUGAAUCAAGUGAGAAUGUGAGAAACAAAAAAAAAAAACGUGCUAUAAACUGUAAUAAUAAACUUUGCAUCGAUUUAAUUAAAUUAAUUAAUUUAAAAGAAAAAAAAAAAAGCAGAAAAAA